AUGGCUUCAAAGGAAGAGGAAUUGAACGUCUUGUUAUCCAAGCUCAACUUGGCGUAUGAAAAGUGCGAUAAUGGCACGCCAGAUGUAGUAAAUACACUGGAUAUUGAUGCCGAAACUGAACAUGAUAAAGUUGUUAGCGGUGUAAAGAGUCUUAUGGUCAAGGGAUUCGUCACUCUGGAAGAACUCAAGCUAAACUCCUAUACUUUAUCUGAAGAAGGUCUCAAAUAUGCUACUAGCGGAUCUCCAGAGUAUCUUCUGGUGCAAGUUGUGGCCAGCAAUCCGGGAAUAAAACCUACUGAAGCGUCUUCUCAAGUUGAAAAUGGAAAGAUUGGCCUAAGCAAAGCGCUAAAAUCCCAGAUGUUGGCCAUGGAUAGUGAUAAGGGGCUCAUUCUAGGCAAAACAAAACUGGAAUUUGACGUAACCCAAAAGAUCCUUCUUCAUGUAAAAGAAUACGGUAGCUCCGAGAAAAACUUGAUGGAGAAGCUUUCUGAGAUCAUUCCUAAUGAGAAGGAACUAAACAAUGAAUUCGCAGAUUUGAAAAAGCGCAAAUUGAUUUCGUCCAAGGUUACUGUGACCUAUAUGGUUAAGAAGACAGAAAACUAUAAAAGUCAAGUCGUUCCUCAAUUCACAGAUUUAACGUCUGAACUGUUAGAAAACGACCUUUGGAAAUCUCUAGAAAUUAAAAAAUACAACUUCUUUUCAAGCGGCAAAAGAGUUAGCAACGGAGAUUUCCACCCACUUGUUCACAGUAUGGAUGAAUUUAGAUACAUUUUUACUUCAAUGGGAUUUGAGGAGUUAGAUACCUCAAAAUAUCUAGAAUCAAGUUUUUGGUGCUUUGAUUCACUGUAUAUACCACAGCAACACCCUGCUCGUGAUACUCAGGAUACAUUUUUCACAAAGCAUCCAUCUUUGGCAAACCCCGAAUUCAUGGAUGAAAACUACAUCAAGAAUGUCUCAAUAGCCCACGGUGAUGGAAGUAUUUAUAACAGUACGGGAUGGAGAUACGAUUGGAAACUGGAUGAAGCCCUAAAAAUGGUUCUGAGAACACACAUUACCCCCUGCAGUGCCAGAGUGUUAAAAGCUAUGGCAGAUGAAUAUCAAAAGGGCAAUCCAAUAGUUCCUCGUCGCUUCUUUGCUAUUGAUAAGGUCUUUAGGAACGAAGCUAGCGACUCAACUCAUCUAUCCGAAUUCCAUCAGGUCGAGGGAUUGGUAGUGGGAUACGACUUGGGUUUGGGUCACUUGAUGGGAGUCUUGGAGACGUUUUACAAGUCAAUUGGAAUCACAAACUUGCGCUACAAACCAGCCUAUAAUCCAUAUACCGAACCUUCCAUGGAGAUCUUUGGCUUCCACACAUCUCUAAACACAUGGGUAGAAGUUGGAAAUAGUGGCAUAUUCAGGCCAGAAAUGCUUCUGCCAAUGGGUCUUCCUGAAAACGUCACAGUCAUUGCCUGGGGUCUCAGCUUGGAAAGACCUACAAUGUUAAGGCACAACAUACGCAACAUUAGAGAUCUAAUCGGUUGUAAAUACUAA